UUAGUUUAUGCAGUGAUGAAAUGGUGUGCGAUACUGUAAAAACUGUAUUCCGGAAACAAUUUAAACGCAACGCUAGGAAUUAAGACUUUUUUUCUAUUUACUGUAAUUUACCUUUUAUUUUUAAUGGAAAGUCUUGCAACCCGGAUGUGCUUUUGUAGCAUUUCCGCUCUGGACUUUACCCAUUAUAGCCACUAUGGUUAUAGCAAUCUGCAAGCAUGUUGUAGUCCGUGUGCUUUACGUUGAAAUGCAUUGAUGGAAUCUGCCAUGGCAGCGCGGCACCCAUUGACCGACACUGAUACUUCUGAUGAAGCAGUGAGGGCGACGUGUGACGAUGCUACGGCUUGCAAAAGGUUUGCCAUUAGUAAAGGAUACUGGACAGACCCUUACAUCCAGUAUUUUGUCAGAUCUGUUGGUGAGCGGAAGGCACCUGAAAUCAACAGAGGAUAUUAUGGACGUGUUAAAGGUGUCAACCAUCUCCUUGAUGCAUUUAUAAGAAAAACAGAACGUGACUGUCAAGUGAUCAACCUUGGCGCCGGGCUGGACACCACCUUUUGGAGACUCAAGGAUGAAAACCUCUUACCAAGGAAGUUCUUUGAGGUUGAUUUUCCUACUGUUGUGGCCAGGAAAAUACACUAUAUAAAGACCAAAGCACCUUUAUCCAAGCCCGUCAUUGAAACACACUCAACAGACUCCUUGCUACUAGACGCCCACAGUCUUGACUCGGAUCGGUACUGCAUCAUCGGAGCAGACCUCAGAGACAUCGCUGCUUUGGAUGCAAAACUGAAGAAGUUCCAUCUUAACCCCGAGUUGCCUACAUUGCUCCUGUCUGAGUGUGUACUGGUCUACAUGAAUCCUGCCCAGUCCUCCAAUUUAGUUCACUGGGCUGCAGACACCUUUCACACGGCCAUGUUCAUCAACUAUGAACAGGUGAACAUGAGUGACCGUUUUGGCCAGGUAAUGAUCGAGAACCUGCAGCGGCGUCAGUGCACACUGGCGGGAGUCGAGUUGUGCCAGUCUCUUGCCUCUCAGAAGGAGCGGUUUCUCCGGUUGGGUUGGGAUCACGCUGAUGCUCUGGACAUGGUGACAGUCUACAGUAUGCUUCCUCAGGAUGAAGUGGAACGAAUUGAGCGUCUGGAGUUCCUUGAUGAGAAGGAGCUGUUGCAGCAGCUCCUGCAGCACUAUAGCAUCUGCUGGGCCACCAAAGACAAGCUCAGUCUAGGUCUGUCACAGUUGGCAUUUUGAUGGAAAUUGACAAGAGGAAGUCUGGAUUUUGCAUCACAUUAAGCUUCCUGAAUUCUGAAGAGCAUGAGUGUUUUAUUGCUGUAUCACAUAUUAAUGUGAACAUUUGUAGAAUGACUGAUGUGUUGAAUUUUAUUUAUUCAUCAAUUGCUCACUCCUACUUAUUUUAAUAGUGUUGAACUGUAAACUAAUGGAUACGUAGUCAUGCUUUUGCUUAUGAAAAUGCAAUUUUGUUGGAAUGAUAUAAGUGCACUUGAAUAAACUUGUUUUGGAAAUGCCCCUGCUGACACCCCUGCUGCAGUUUAGUUUCUAUACUAU